AUGAGUGAGUCAGCAUCUCAAGAGGAACCCAAACCUGCUCAGGAAAAUGGAGAAGACAAAGAAGGGAAACAGGAAGCAACUGAAAUGAACGAGCCUAUUGAGAGUCAACAGAGUCAACCAGGCAGUUCAGCAUUGGAUACCAGCAACAAUGUGGUGGAGGAAGCAACCAGUGAAAUCAAAUUUCAAGAAUUAAACCUGGAGGGGCAGCCAAGAACCUCAACUGAUUCAAUAAAGGAAUCUAACAUUGGAGUCUCAAAAAAUAUUGUGGCAAGAAAACCUGCAAAAGUGGUUUUCAAUUUAGAUCAAACUAUACUGGAUUUAAAGCUAGAACAAUCAUGGAGGAAAAAUCUUUUUGAAAGAGUGGAGGCAAGAGCUCAGGCAAUGCAGCAGAGAAUAAUAGAUAAGGAUAAUCUGAAGAAAGAAUUAGAAAAGAAGGCUGAGAAAACACUCCCUAAGGAUAAUCUGGCCAGAGAGUGGUUUAAUAUUGAAAACAUGACGCUAGACACUCGUGUAUAUUUGCUUGACAAACUUCUACCCACCUUAGUUCCUGGAGUGGAAAAAAUGUUAAUGCAAGUGGAAAAAAAGAAGCUUUUGGCAAAAGUUGAUAUUCCAACUAAGUUUGAUCCAAUUAAUUAUCUGGGGGAAUACUUAAUGAGGAACAAUCCUUAUUAUAUCAAAGACUCAGGAAAGUCUGGUUAUCAGAGGGUGAUGAGAGAUGUCACAGAAGAUCUGAAGAUACAUGUUACCAACACUGUCCACAACAGAGUAUCCAGGAUGAAGGAGAAGGUCAAAGAGAGACAAGAACAAAGAGAAUACAUAAACAAUGUCAAAAUCAAGGUGGCCAACACACGGAAACAGGCUCUCCAAGAGCAGUUCAGUGAAUGGAUUCUAGACCCUAAAGGAAUGAUUCCUAUGACAGUGAUUCAGAAUGUUCUUCAUGAAUUUUUUGAAAAUCCAGAUUUCCAGCUUGGAAGUCAUUGCAAACAGUGGAAUAUUGCUGACUCAAUGGAACAAAGAUUGAACAAAAUGGAGUUUGCAGAAUACAUCUCUUCACACAUUUCAGAUUUUAAAAGUGAAAUGUUUGAGAAACUCCUUAAACAUCUUUGCCACUGUGCAGAUGAAUUCCGGGAGGUCAUAAAAAUGGAUAUGCAGAGGCAGAUGUUUGCUGAACUCUUCCUGCAUUGUGACUGUGGGAAGGUCGGGUUUUUGGAUCGGCAGAGGACAUUAGCUUUGCUGGAAAUAUUCUAUGACCAAAGUCCAAAAAUGCUUAGACGUUUACUCCGAAAUCCAAGACAAUGGCCAUUCAUUGAGUUUGAAGAGAUAGACUUGCCUGAGUUCUGGGGAGACAUGGAUAAUCAGAAACAUGUUUAUGAAGACUUUGACAAUGUGCUCUUAGAGAUGAAUACCUUACUGUCUGAAAAACAUGCUAGCAAAACCCCCCCAAAAUUAUCAGAACAUUCAGAAGAUCAACAUAAACAUGAUAUACAUAGAAUACCAACACAACCACCAAGUCUACCAGAACAGCAGACAGGGACAAUUGCAGAACCAGAACCACAUGAUAUUUUAACUGAAGAACAAGACACAGAGUCAACUGGAGAACAAAAACUGCACAAAGAAUCAAUAACAGCACAAGAACAACACAAAGGGCCAACAAUGCAACAAGGAACACACAGAGAGUCAACUGUAGAAGAUGGAUCUCGCAGAGAGUCAGUAAUAGAACAAGGAUCACACAGAGAGUCAGUUGCAGAAGGAUCUCGCAGAGAAUCAAUAACACAGAAAGGGUCACGCAGAGGGUCAAUUGCAGAAGGAUCUCGCAGAGAAUCAAUAACACAGAAAGGGUCACGCAGAGGGUCAAUUGCAGAAGGAUCUCGCAGAGAGUCAGUAACACAAAAAGGAUUACGCAGAGGGUCAAUUGCAGAAGAAGGAUCACGCAGAGAGUCAGUUACACGAAAAGGAUCACGGAGAGGGUCACGCAGACAGUCAAUAAUAGGAGAAACACAUAAAGAAUCAACUGAAGAACAAGAACAACCCAGAGAGACAAUUCCAGAGGAACAUGGCAUGGACUCAACUUCACAAUCAAGGGAAAGUAGUAUCCUAAGAGAAAGUGAAAAAUCUGGGGAGCCUACUCCCUUUGAGCACACUGAAAUCCCUCUACAGGAAGAGAACACUCAGGAGCAAAUAUAUGAAGAGAAACUAUUCACCUUUUCUGAACUGCAAGAGGAUGAUCCAGUAUCAAGUAGAAAAGACCACCUUUCAGAAACUGCAAAAGAGAAAGUUCAGAAAGACAAAGCCUGUGAACCCAAGUCCCCCCAAGUAGAAGGAAAGUCAUGGUCAGGUGAACUUUUCUCUUGUAACUGGAAGAAGUAUGCCAAAUAUGAAGAUGAGGAACAGGCAAACUUAAUCUAUGGUAACUCCAGGUUCACAGACCUACAUCCAAUUAUCAGAAAUAUUCAGUCUUACAAAGAAGUGAAAGGUAGGAGUGCCUUCAAUGCAGUUUCCUUCAAUCUGGUCCAGUUUGUGCAACUCCUUGAGACAUUUGUUGGCGGAGAUGCCCCUUUGAGUGUCAGUGAGACACUCACCUCCUUUUUUAAGGGGAGCUAUGCUGAAACAGAAGAAGAGAAAAUGAGUGCCUUAGAAGAGGUGAGACAAAAUGCGUCCAGAGUUCGACGGGGACUUCUCCUAGAAGCCCUCUUUCAGAUGUGGGACGGUGAUGGCUCAGGUUUCCUGGAUCUGGAGGAAGUUGAUGAACUCUUGUAUACAUACAAGGAGGGAAUGGAAAAAAAAUCCAUAGAGACAGCUAAACUACACAUCCAAUUCCCAAAGCCACAUCCUGGUGAUGAAGUACGGCUGUCUUCAAAACACUUUCAGAAAUACAUAGAAUUGGUUGUAUCUGAACACAAGGGCAAUGAAGAUCAUGUUCUGGAAAGCCUUGUGGAGUUUCUGAUGACUGCUUUAGAGAGGAACCAUACUGAUAGUCUGAGAAAUAGUGCCAGACGGAAGUGGCUGCACCAAAUUCAACGGGCUGCCGAAACAAGUGGGGUUUCCCUGGAACCAGUGUACACUGAGACCUUUAAGGCCCUCACACAGGAUGCUCAAACCCAUGGAAAUAAGAAGAUCAGUGCUCACAUUUCCCUCUUAGAAGAAAACCUACUACUGCCUGAUAGAGGGACUGUUCUGUUAAGGAAUGUAGCUUGUACUUUAGAUGAUGCUCCGUUUGUACUAAACAAAGUGCUCUACAGGGACAUGAAAGGAAUCAGCUUUACAGUAGUAGAUGAAGGGAAGCCAAUACACGUCCCCCAAGUUCAGCACCAUGGGAACAUUUUUUUCUGGAACGAUUCCCGCCAGAAGACUGAUCAAAAUGGGUCAUUGCUUGCUUUGCCUCUUCAGGAUGCAUAUUUGAGGAUUUUUGGGGUCAUGGCUGUUGACACCCUUAGAGAUCCUCAGAAAAUCAACAUCUUCUUGCCUCAUGAGAUCAGAUUCUAUCAGGGUGUUGCCAAUGUCUUUAGCAAGGCCUAUCACUACGUCCACAGCCGGGAGCACAUCCUGCAUGUUGUGAUCACUGGUAUCAGCUGGCUCUAUGACAUCACACCAGGCGCUAUCUCCAUUACUACAUACUUCAUUGAGCCUAGCCCAGAGAAGGGUUCAGACUAUGUUUUACGGAAUAUGAUGGUCACAGGGCCCCUGGGUCUAACAGAAAUCCACAAAAAUCCCCCUACCAUCUUCAGGAAGACAUGCAUCUUCAGAGAUUUCCUCUUUAAGUGUACAGACAGUUCAGAAGUUGUUUUGGCCUCUGCCUGCGGAGAAAACCACAUAGUCAUUCCACUUCGUGAGAGAACAGGAGAGGCGUUGGGGGCUCUCGAUUUUAACAUUGGCAAGAGUAAGAUGUUGUUGUAUCGAGAAUUUAAAGACCUACAGAAAAUGAUGAAAGUGGUCCAAGCUGCCUGCUAUGAAAUACUGGGCGAAUUAUCUGGAGAAAUAAAGAAAAAUCUUGUCUUAGAGAUUGAAAGUGUGGGAGAGGUCCAGCGGGCAGGAGUUCUCUUCUUCCGAAUCAUGCUGCAAGAGCUGCAGGCAAGCCUCCGGCUGCUAACCUCCAUGAACUUUGUAUCACUGUUGCUGUAUGAUUAUGAUCCGCUAGCUGAGCCCACAUCUCUGUCAGACAGCCAGUCCUGGCUGUUAGAAGCCGAGAUGAAACUAAUACGUGACAUCCUGACAGGAGUUAUCUUGUUCAUUAAUCCAGAGUUGGAAUUAUCAAGUGACUUAGGAAACUGGGAUAAGUGUAAACUGUACAUUAACAGAUACUUAGUUGAGAAAAUAUGUGCCUUCGAUCCAACGGCUAAGCAUGUGAACGUUAAUUUAAAGCUCAUUGGUGAAUAUAUCAAAGAUCAUUCCCGAAUUGAAGUAUGGAAAUUUGGUAACAUCGUCAUCGAGUACCUGUACCACUGGUCACACAUCUGUUUAGCUCUCAUGGAGAUAAACAAAAAACUAAAUAGUUCUGUUACACCUCCCUUGCCCUCCAAGACUGACUCCUGUGUGUAUGCAAAAAUGCCAGGUGGAAGCAUGCUAGGUAAAUGCUAA